AUGCGAUCCGUAGGUGGGCAAGCAAUGCCACCGGUUCUAAAAGAAGAGGAUACAGAUUCACCAGGCAUGACUCUAGCAGCCAUAGGAGUAUCAAAUAAAUUGCCAGAUUUCUGGGUGGACAUGCCGCGGCUUUGGUUCGCGCAGUUUGAAGCCGUAAUGGCCCCUCAGAAACAAGGGGAAGAAGCGAAAUUCAACAUGGUCAUCGCUAAACUGGGAAGAGACUCAAUCCAGCAAGUGAGCGACUUACUUACCUCGCCACCUGCUGAAAACAAGUAUACUGCGCUGAAAGAAAGGCUCCUACAGGUGUACGAAGAGAGUGCCGAGCGCCAGUUCCAAAAGCUCGUUUCUGAAUUAGAGCUGGGUGCUCAGAAACCUACGCACUUAUUACGCCGCAUGAAAGAGUUAGGCCGCCCAGCACAGGUCUCAGAUCAGACCUUGAAGAGCCUCUGGUUAUCCCGUAUGCCAUCUUCAGUCAGGGCAGUCAUUGCAGUGUGCCAAGACCAAUCCCUAGAUAGCUUGGCUGCCAUUGCGGACAAGAUCGUUGAGAACAGUAGAUCCUACGAAAUGGCCACGGUGGAUAACAGCAUAGCCCAGGUGUCACCAGAACCACUGGCAGGGUUGGUCAACCAAAUGAACAAACUUGCUUUGGAGGUAGCAUCAUUGCGUAGCGAGGUCCAGAGCAGCAGGCGUCCUAGGAGCAGGAGCAGACCGAAAUACAGGAGCAGAUCCCGUUCCCUUAAGCGCAGAGCACCAGAAGACCCCGGAUGGCUGUGCAGGGGGGGAGUGUUGUGGCGACACAUUGGCGAUAGCCGCGUCAGCGGAAUGCGCAUCCGGCGCCCGCGCCGUGGCGUCGCAAUGUCUACAGCACCGUCAGCGGAAUUUAUCUCCGCGACCGCUCCCGCGCCUUCAGCGCAGGCGUGG